AUGGUUGGCACGGGGUGCAGGGGAAGGGGAGAGAAGCACCCUCAUGCCAAUGACAGCCUUGUCUUCUGUGCUACCAUGAAAACCUUGGCGCUGCCAAACACAGUUCUGCACAGGCAGAAGUCCCCAGGGUUGACGUCCCACCUCUGCCACCACUUUUCCCUUACACAGGUGACGCCGACCUCAGAGGACAAAGACAUGAAGGGAUUCAUCUGGGCUGUAGCCCCAGUCUUGACCUCCCUGGGCUACCUGCUCAUCCUGCUUGUCUCCGUCUUUCCGUUCUGGGUGCGGCUUAGGGAUGAGGAGUCCCAUGAAGAGUUUUUCAGUGGCCUGUUUGAGAACUGUUUCCACAUCAGGUGCUGGAAGCCUCGACCCUUAUCCAGUUACAUUCUCCUUGGUCGAGCUUUCUUGCUCUUUGCAACCAUCUUGGCUUUCUUCACCACCCUCUUCAUGGUGUCCUUUGCAUUUGAGCUCUUCCCAAGGACCCGGAAGCAAUAUUUUAUGUCAGCCUUCACAAGCUGCCUCACAGGGGCCUGUACCUUCCUGGCCUUGAUGCUGCAUGCUCUGGAGAUCCAGGAUCUGAGGAUGAAGUCCAACUCCCUGCAGUUCUCUGUGCAAUGGCCUUACUACGUCCUGGGCUUUGACAUUCUUCUGUUCAUAGUGGUUGGUGCCAUCUGCCUCUCUCAAGAAACAGCCUGCCCUGGCUGCCGUUUGUUAUCCAUUUCCCAGAAAACUGAGGAUGGGCAGGAGAGCCUGCACUUGGAUAAUCUGGAGAGUUUGGGAGAACUGAACUCAGCACAAAAGAAGACAUUGCUGACAGAAGAAAUAGUUAUCUAGCCCAGGACAUCACCUUUCCACCUGUUUUCAAGCUGCGUGAGUGCAUGCAUGUAGGUGUG